AUGGCUCUCCACAACUUCCGAUCCUUAGCAGCAUUUCUCCUGUUGGCAGGCCUCCCGCUAUCCCUUUCUUUUUUAUUUCUCCUUCAAAUAAGCCUUUUUUCUUUCUUCGAUAAAUAUCUCCCCGUUUUUCUGGCUUCCAUUUUUUCUAUCUUUUCUUUCUUCGUUUCUUUCUUUCUUUCUUUCUUUCUUUCUUUCUUUCUUUCUUUCUUUCUCCUUCACUCCCAGCCUUUCUUUCUUUCUUCGAUAAAUAUCUCCCCGUUUUUCUGGCUUCCAUUUUUCUUCUUUUCUUUUUUUUCUUUCUUUUCUUUACCAUUUCUUUUUUUUUUCUUUUUUUUCUUUCUUUCUUUCUUUCUUUUUUCUUUUCCUUCACUCCCAGCCUUUCUUUCUUUCUUUCUUUCUUUCUUUUCAUUUUUAUCCUUAUUCUUAAAAGAAAUACAUAAAGACGGUUUUAUUUCCCACCAGUUAUAUUUUUUUAUCUAUUUUCGCAGCGUUCUGAAAUUUCGGAUGUCCACCUCCACUUCCGUUUUUCCACUUCCGUUUUUUGUUUUUCUUCCACUCCCUGUUUCCUUGGAUAAAUUUAUUUUAUCUUCCUCAUAUUUUCCUUCCUCUUUUUUUUUUUUUGAGUUAACCUCAUAUUCUUUUUUUUACUUUUUCUUUCUCUUCUUCUCUAACAUUCUCUAUUUCUCCUUUGGUUUUCCUUUUUCUCAUCUUAUACUUCAUCUAAUUGUUUUUUUUUUUUUUUUUUUCUCCGUUUUCUCAUCUCUUGAAUCAAUUUUUCAUUCGCUCGUCCAUUUUAUUGUAUUUGUGGCGGGGGGUGUAUUUAGCCUUUCCUAUUUUUCAACCUUUUCUUCUUCAUUUUUCAUUACUUCUUUUCUUACAUUUUUUUCUUCUUCUUCAUUUUUAUUUUCUUUAAAUUAUUUUUCGGUCGUUUUUGUUACGCCUUUCUUCUACUUCUUCUUCUUCUUCUUUUUCUUCUUCUUCUUCCUGCUCCUCCCCCUUCUCCUCCUACUCCUCCUUCUCCUACCCCUUCUUCUUCUUCAUUUUCCUUUUGCCUUAAAUUACUUUAAAUUAAUAACUUCUUCUUCUUCCUCCUCCCCCUCCUCCUUCUCCUACCCCUUCUUCAUGUUCAUUUUCCUUUUGCUUUAA